UCGUAUCACGUGUUGGCGCUCGUGAAUCUCGCGGUGUCAGCUUACGUCAUCAGAGAAGAAAGGAUUUGCAGAAAUGGUUGUUCCUCCUUAAUCGACAAAAGGUGAAUACAGCUAUGUCUGAAUCUCUGUAUGAAAAGUUUCUGGCUCCAGAGGAGCCUUUUCCUCUCUUGUCCCAGCGAGCCAACCUCAGUGAUGUGGGAACACUAGAUGUCAGCGACUUUGGAUGUCAGCUCUCAUCUUGUCACAGGACGGAUCCUUUACAUCGCUUCCACAGUAACAGGUGGAAUCUGACUUCCUGUGGGACCAGUGUGGCUAGCUCCGAGUGCAGUGAGGAGCUCUUCUCCUCCGUGUCUGUGGGGGAUCAGGACGAUUGCUACUCCCUCUUGGACGAUCAAGAACUAACAUCUCUGGACCUGUUUCCAGAGGGAAGUGUCUGCAGCGACGUGUCUUCCUCUAUCAGCACCUACUGGGAUUGGUCCGACAGUGAGUUUGAGUGGCAGUUACCAGGAAGUGACAUUGCCAGUGGCAGUGACGUCCUCUCUGACAUUAUCCCCAGUGUGCCAAGCUCACCGUGUCUGUUCUCAAAGAGGAAGCCCAAGCCCCACCCUCAUCGCAACCUGGACGAGCUACCUUGGAGCGCCAUGAGCAAUGAUGAACAAGUGGAGUACAUUGAGUAUCUGAGUCGGAAAGUGAGCACGGAGAUGGGCCUGAGAGAGCAACUGGACAUCAUCAAGAUCAUCGAUCCUUGCGCUCAAAUCUCUCCCACGGACAGCGAGUUCAUUAUCGAGCUGAACUGUCUCACUGAUGAGAAACUCAAACAGGUGCGUAACUACAUCAGAGAGCACGGCCCGAGGCAGCGGGCCAGCAGCACGAGGGAGGGCUGGAAGAGGAGCAGCCACAGCAGUGCCAGUACAGGAGGAGUCAGCGGAGCCAGCAGCAGUAAUGCUAGCAUGGUCAGCUCCGCUAGUUCCUCCACUGGCUCCACAGCUUCCAACUCUGUAGCUGGUGGUACAGCUUCAGCCUGCAGUGGAAGCAGCGUCGCUAACAUUAGCAGAGCCCACAGUGAUGGAAACCUGUCCAGUGCUGCAGAACGUAUACGAGACUCUAAAAAACGCUCAAAGCAGCGUAAGCUUCAGCAGAAAGCCCUUCGAAAACGGCAGCUCAAAGAGCAGCGGCAAGCUCGCAAGGAGCGCCUGAGCGGGCUCUUUCUGAAUGAGGAGGUGCUGUCACUGCGAUUGACAGAGGAGGACGACCACGGCGACGACCUGGACAUACUGAUGUGACACCAGUGAAUUAAUCAGUGCUCCCUCUACGCCUGCUCUCUCACCACCAUACCGCUGACGCACAGCUUCUAGGACAUUCUAAUACGUAGGCCAAGGCAACAUUGCAUGAUUGAGCUAACAUGCUAAUAUUACAAAGAACCUAAUAGCCACCAGUGUAGUUUGCUUGCUGAUAAUGGCGUGACAGUGCCAGUGCUAAAUCUGACAGCUGCUGCAGUCACUGCUAAACUAGCUAAAGUAAUACUGCUAAUGCUAAACUACUGCUAAUGCCUAUGUAGUAAGUUGUGUGUCGCCUGCUUUUAGCCACUGGUAACUGCAACAGGUUCAUGUGAUGACAACACAACAGUAUGAAUCCACAGCUACUAACACGCCGAGGUAGAAGGACAGAUCAGACAUGCCUGUGCACCACAGCCUGGACAUGAAGAUUGAUUGUGGUGAACAGUCCUGUGGUGUCAGUCGUGGGGUUCAUGUGCAAUACAUUUUUAGCAACAAUCACAGCUGUAGUCUAAUCAGCCGUACUAACUACAAAACUGAUGUCAUGUCAUGUUACCUGAAGGAGUGAACUUUAUAAAUGUGUGAACUUUCAAAUUGCAGAGAGUAGUACUGAUUUUCCAUCUGAAAUACAGGAUCAAAGCACUUUACAACAAUGGCACCUCACAUUCACAUACCGAUGUCAGUGUGCUGCCAUUCACGGCACUCGGCUGCAUACCAAUAGCAACUUAGGACUUUAAAGACCCUGCCCAAGGGCCCCUAUUGCCCCCCCCCC